CGUCGACCGUUUGCCCGCGAUUAGUGAUGUGUGAAUUGUUAUCGUAGCCAACCCUUCUACCGUCCUUCGGCAGCCUCUGCACGUCGAUUGAAGUGCAAAAAGAUUUGCGCAACUCGCUCGGGUCGUCGGAGUGCGAAUCCGGUGCCGCCCUCGUAACGUGCCGGUGAAAAACGCGUGCGUUCCGGCCGGGAUAGUGAAAACGGUUGGCGACGUCGAACUAACGCACUCUCCAGUUCCGGCGCAGCAGGAUGAAGCAAAUUGGUUCCACCAGCAAAACAGCACUCACAUUGGGAUGUCUGGCGCUCCUGUCGUGCUACGGUUAUGUCACAGCCGAAUGGGAGGCGGCCGUAACCACGGACAACGGUAUUCUGUUUUUCGAUUCCAACUGGCGCAAGAUUUCAUCGGCCGCACACCAGUACAGCCGUAUAUCGGCGUUUGCCUACGACGAGGUGAUGGGUAAGCUAUACUUUGCCGAUCUCGAUCACCCGGAGCAUCGCAUCUUCGCCCUCGACUAUGACGAUGCCGAUGAGCUACAUCGGGUGUCGAAGCUGCUACCCACCAGCACCGAAACGGCAUACAUCACCGGUAUGGCAUUCGAUCAUCUCGAGCGCAAGCUCUACUGGACUGAAAAGCUGUCCCGAUCGGUCUACUCCGUGGCGAUCGAUCCUCUUCUGUCGAGCGGAGAGGCGGCAAGUUUGGCCGUGGACGUGGUGACGAACAGUACCUCACGCGACACUCGCGAUGUCAAGUCGAGCACUGCUAAACCACUGCAAGUGAUCGCUACGGUCGGAUCCGAUCACGAACUGGCGGGAUUAGCGAUUGACGAGUGCCGCAGGCACCUCUACUGGACAAACUGUUACCCGAAAACGUCCAACAUCGUGCGAGCCGACUUGAACGGAACCAUACUGAACGUGCACGAGAACCAGGUCUACUUCCCGAAAGGCAUCACGGUCGAUCACUAUCGCAACCGGCUGUACUGGGUGGAGAAGAAAUACGGUCGGCGGUACUCGAUCGAGAGCGCCGACCUGGAGGUGAACGAUCAGCACACCCUGCUCACCGGGCUCGACCGCUUGCCGGCUGACAUUUCGGUGAAAAACAACUUCAUCUACUGGACGGAUCAGGAGAACAACGAAAUCUACGAGACGGACAAGGAAUCCCCGAACCGCACGCGUACCGUGUACCGUGGCGAGCACCCGUCGGCCGUGAUCUUACGCUCCACCCUUUUGCUCGAGCAUCAGAAAAACAAUCCCGACUGCCGGGCGGUCGUGAGUCAGAUCCUGGAAAACGUGCAGCGCUCGAAACCACCGACGGUGCUGUUAAAGGAGGCGCAAAAUGGGCAGCUGAUCGUGUGUCUCAACAAUGGUACGAUUAACCACAACACCAACACCUGCAUCUGUUCUCCGGCGUACGGGGGAAGAUUUUGCGAGGUGGACAUUUGCAACAACUUCUGCGCCCAGGGACGGUGUCUGAUCGGGCGCGAUAAUCAACCGCGCUGCGAGUGUGACUUUCGGUUCGAGGGCGAACGGUGCGACCGUAACCGAUGCGAUGGGUUCUGUCUGAACGGGGGGCGCUGCCUCUUCCACAACACCACCGACACCGCCAACGAUCGGUUUUGCCUGUGUGGCAACACCGGGUUCAGCGGAUCCCGGUGUGAGAAUUCGAUCUGUGGCACGGAUUACUGUUACAACGGCGAAUGUUUCGUCGAAGGAAAGCUACCGCGGUGCCGUUGCAAAACCGGCUACCGGGGUGAUCGGUGCGAGGAAUACAGCUGUAACAAUUACUGCCUGAAUGGGGGCCAGUGUACGCUGAGCAACGAGACCGUCCCUGAGUGCCAGUGUGGGGAGGAGUUUGCGGGAAAGCGAUGCGAAAUUGCAGUCCGACUGUGCAGCACGUAUAACGACGAUCCGCAGUGGCAUCAGUACUGUCUGGGCGUUUCCAAAACGUUACCGCUCAUGGAGCCAAAAGUGACCUACUGCAAGGAGUCGUUCAACCGCACCGUCGUAUACACUUCGCUCUGCUUCACCGUCUCGUUUCUGCUGCUGGCGAUCGUGGUCGUCACCGUGCAUCGCAUGAUGAAACCGCCGAGACCUCGGAUCACGAAGAAAAUGGUGGUUACACCGAUGACCUCCCGGCCGCCGACAACGCAGUGCGAGAUUACGAUAGAAAACUGCUGCAACAUGAACGUCUGCGAAACGCCAUGCUUCGACACUAAGCUGCUCAAAAAGACGCAGAAAGAGGACAAGCAGUUCCUGCUGGAAGAUAUAGAGGACGUCGCCGGAUCGUACCGCAAGCUCCCGAACGCGUGUGGCGAUGCCGCCAGCGAGCGUAAAUGAGGGAUUUGCGGAGUCAACGGCACUGUGGAACGCAAAUUUCUGUGACGCCGGGUGCUCAAUGGUGCUCACUGGCGGUAGAGAAGUCCGGAAGAGGAAAACCGAUUAAAAGACGGAACACAAGAUGCCUCGUGCGAGAGGCACUUACCGUUCCCGUAAGAGGAAUAUCCACACGCGCAGCUACGUUCCCCGUCAAGGCUUUUCAGGUGUGAUAACACCCAGGGUGUGUGUGUGUGUGUGUGUACGUGCAACGCCUACAGCGUCCAACCAUAGCCAAUGCCACAGCCACAAGUAGAUUGCUGCAAGUUCAAGCAAACUAGAUCAUAGAACCUGUCGAGGUGGGAUGGGUCUGCCAAUGAUACGGUGUGAAACUUGGAUACCGCAACGAAACCAGAUGGCUGCCCGGGUGUUGAAACGGAAAAACGGAGAUUAACUCCGAGCACAUUUCCUUUGGUGAAAAAUAGUACAAACCCACCAUAUGCAGUCUUCUGAAACAGAAACCCACAACCCUUCCCAGUUACCAGUUAGUUUUCAUCGGCAUUUGCCCAUCGAACGCCGUCUUUUCGGCAGCGCAUCGAGCAAUCGCGCGGACAGACAGUCCUUUUGGCCAUAGCCAACACUAAGUUCCUGUAUUCGUGUAAUACGUCGUAGGAUGUAGAUAGCACCGUUACCACGGCACACCCCACGGCGAGGUUCCUGAUUUGCCUUACUGGAAGCUUUUCCCUCCUCUCUGUAAUAUAUAGUUCGUGGAACCAUUCGGGUUCAUUGUUUUGAACGCAUGCGUUUUACCUCGAUUGCUACUUAUCGGCACCCUUGCUAGGUGCGAAGCGUUACUUAGAAUCGAUUUGUUUGUAUUUUGCGUAUUUGCCUGCUAAGUUGUUUAAUGUAGGAUGCUACCGCAUCGUCGUCCUUCGCAUACAUUUUUCUUUUCAUCUUUCAGCUUCACAUUUCGCUUUAGUUUAAUUUAUUGCAGUAUACAAACUGUCGGAAGUUCUACUUGUAGUUUUAAGGAAGUUCCGCAGAUCAUAUCUCCGAGUAUCCCUUAAAAUGGAAGCGGCGCUCUAUGCCCACGACAAUUUGCACUGAUUUGAGACACGGUCUGGUAAUGAGGGUGAAAUAGAAACGUCCUAGACAAACGGUGCCUGAAUGCCAGAGCCUACGGUAAAGCGCUGGGUGUUAAUUUGAGUGUUGGUUGGUAAGGGAAGAAAAAAAAAUAUCGGAAAACAACCCUCUACAAGAAAUGAUACAGAUCUAACGCAAGGCGUUUCCUCACUAUUCAAAAGUGUUGUAGCGGGAGGAAUGGCUGAAACCAGAACACACAGACUUAACACUUAGAAACUUAAAUGAUAAAAUGGAUCGUAGUGAAUGUAAUGUGAUUGUAUAACACGAGCUCGGCGGUUACUAAUAUCCACAUGAGAGUAUGUGAUAUUAGAUUAGUUUAUAGUUCAAAAUGAACAAAUUUGUAUGUUUUAGGUAGGGUUUAAAAAUGCUAAAGCACUUGUAGCAAUA